CUGUCAUCUCAGUAUGUAAUCUUCGAGGUAUCGUGCGCGUGUCACCAGAUUCCCUAUACCCCUCUUUUGGAGAUGCCUUUCGAGGCUUGCUGGUACAUCGCACGCCACUGUAUCCGUGGGAUGGACGUAGGUACCUGAUGUAGUGUACCUACUAUACCUACCGUCCAUUGUAAGUAGGUGGUAGGUAGUGGUAGACAGUGGUAGGUAAUUGUGAGGCAUGCGCACCCCCAUGCACCAGGGAACCAAACCUUCCUUGCCUGCCUCCCACCCUCCGGACCUUCGGGAGCCUACUGCUCUACCACCACAUCUCCCUCACCCAACCAUUGGGUAUGUCGACCUACCUAGGUAUAUAUCUCAACACUUAUAUUCUUACUUCAUCUCGUAUGUAGGCGGCGCUUGUCGUAAGCCUCACUCCGUCUACUUGCCUAAGUGCGGCGGCACCCCUUUCGGGUAUUGGCAUGAUACGUCAUUUCACCUUCAGCCAUCUGAUCAAAUACGUCAGCCAGCGAUACAACAGCAACUUCAAGCAAACGUUCAACGCCGAAUCCCGCCCACGCAUACGUUUAAUGUGACGUGUAUAGGUCGCUGAGAAUGCGGCCGUUGACUCCAGAUCCAGCAAUAUGUUGAUCUCGACUACUGCUUCGAGGUUACGACCUCUGCAUGUCCAUACUGGAACAGCCGCCAAUCCAUUCGCCACUUCGCGCUCGUCUGCACUGCGGUUAAGUCGUCCUGUCCAAGCUCGGGCCUUUCGCUACGGUAUAUGGUCUUCCUUCCUCAACAAAGCCUACCUUCACGAAGCCUACGAACGCGAACUUCGACGUGGCUAUUAUCAAACUUUGAAACGCAAGUAUGCCAACGAUAUGGACAAAAGUAUCCCUUGGCAUGAGCAGCCAUUUCCCGAACCCCUCAAACAUACGCUUAAGCGAGCUGUGGCAAGAUAUUGCCAUUGGGGUCCCAAAAACACUGAAUGGAAAUCGCCUUGGUUUAUCCAAGACGAGAUUGACAGACAGAGGAAAGCCUCAUCCAAGGACCCAGAAAACCCCUCCCAUAUUGAUGGCUCCAAAAUUCGUAGACAGUUUUAUAGACAAUUUUAUUAUACCCGCAAUACGCCACGGCACGUCAGGUCUCAAAGGGAGACGGACACGCAACCCGAGCGUAAUGCCCAGAAUGCAGUGCAAAGCAAGACCGACGUCCCUAGGGAAGAAGAUUAUGUGAUCGACCCUAUUACGAAUAGGAAGGUGUCAAGGAGAGACCCUAGACCUCUGGAGAUAGACCCUGAACCUUCGGCUAGAAUUUUCAACCCUAACAAGCUGCGGCCGAACCUAUCAAAUCUAGACCAAGAAAAACCACCGGUCCAUUCCAAUGGUAAGCCGCCGGCUUCCGAGCUUAGGAAGUAUGCCGAAAACGACUUCGAUGAUUGGCCUACUCCUUCUACUUCCGAAUCCACGAAACCGUCUGUGCACAGGGAUAAUAUAUACGACAAUUCAGCAUUGAAGAGUGAGGAGUAUUCCUUGAAUCAUCUGCCUUUAGAUGAUCCAGCUGAGGACUAUGGCGAUUUUCACAAGAAUGGGUCUGCAACGUCCGAUAAACCCCUGGAGAAAUCGCCAAACAAACCCAAACAUUAUGGCGCAUCCGAUCAGUCUGGUUCCCAAAAGCCUGCUCAAACCAAAUCAUCCAACCAGCCUGGCUCGAAUCCAGACCAACUCGUCAACGAAUUGCGUGGUUAUGGGCCAUAUAUGCACAAUGAGAGCUCAGUUACACAAGGCGAAACUGCAGAAUUGCACGACCUGGAGAAGUAUCGGUAUCGGCCCUCAGAGGAACCUGAGCCCACAAGUGAACCAUCGACACCCUAUGAUGAUCUCCACGAGUAUGUCCCUACACCCGCAGACAACAUGAAUGAUCAAAACCAGCUCUUUGGACGAUACGGAGGUCUCGAGAAGUACAAAGCCUUCAGGUCAAGGACCUAUGAAGCUCAAGCUUCACGAGAUCCCAUAACAGAGAGUCCAAAGAUGGAUAAUGUAAAGCUGCGGGAAAUUGAGAUACCAGACAUCAGCGCUGAACUAAAGAAAAUCCCAAAAAUGAAGCUUCCCUCAGGUUACAUCUUUUUGAAUGAUGCAUCUACCCAGAUGGAAACUGAGGCACUCGAAUUUCACGAUUCGCCUCGCAACAUAUCCAGGUCAGAUUCAUCUGUAAUUCGUGGUGGGUCCAUCAGGAAGCAUGGUCGAUUGAAUCGUGGGUUUGGAGCAGAUCUCUAUUCGAAAGAACCACAAGGUCUCGAAACUUCAUUCGCGAAAGAAUGUGGAGGGAGGAACACAAUGCCUCUCUACACACGAACCUACGGUAGCGAGCCUGGCCAGGUACCCCCGAAGCCCAGGCUUGCUGUAGAGGACAGAGAGAAAGAGGUUCCAGAGCGUUCGUCGCCUAGUCUAUAUAGCGACAGAGAUCCUGAAAUUGAUGGGAUACCAUCGUUGGAACUAAAUCAGGCGCGGGGUCAGAAAGCAGCCAAGCCGGACGAGCCCACCGUUUAUAAGAUCUUGGCCUAUGACCCCGUCUCGCAGACCAUCAACAUUGCAGAGACGACUUCUGUGGUACCGGAUCUCGCGUCGCCACUAAGCCCGACAGAGGUCCUCCUUCGCCUAUCUAACCCCACCAGAUUCCUCCCACACUUCGCUCCUCUCCAAGCUGAGGGCUUCGAGAUCGUUUCUGGUAGUGGACAUGUGCUGGUUUUCCGUCAAGUACGACCAGCAAAAGCAACGGCCCAAGACGGUAGUCCUUCCGUCAAUCCGAUCGACAUGAUGGGACGCCAGGCCGCAGUGCCAAACCCUGCAGCAUUUGUUUCGCCUACGGGAUUCGUGAACUACGAUAUACCACGAGUAGAGGAAGAGCCGGUAGAGCACUCCUCUCGAUCCAAUGUCAAAGUUGGUCGAGAAGAGGCCGUUUUCAGCGGGAAAAGAUUAUCCUCUAAGAAGAACAGGGGUGAGAAGUUCAAAAAGCCGAAAAUGGGUGUUGGCGAGAGGAUCAUUGUCGGCGGGGUCUGGGUGGCGGGUAUUUCCUAUGCCCUCGGUGUCGUGAUUGAAUAUUUUCAUACUGGCGGCACGGAUGGGAAGGGCCCUACGGGUUUCUCACCGACCAGUUUGAGUUUUUGGCUAUGUUGAAAUUUGCACAAUGUCAGUAUGGCGCUUGGAGUUCGCUUUGGAGGCGAUGUUAUAGCAGCUCGCGAUCUAAGCUUUCGCAUAACUAUGGGUAUGGUUGGAUUUGUUAUUUAUUUAUUGUCUUUUCGAAGUUAUGGAUAUGUCUCUCCUAUCUUGUAAAGUAUUGGAUUGUCAUAUUUGGAUUCGCUAGUUACCCAUCGACGUAUAUCUCCUUGCUGUUGUACCACAUACUAUCGAACUAGCGAGUUCCUCAUAUCUCUAUUUAAAUAAUUUGCUACAAGCGCGAAAAUAUAUGUUGCAAAGAAGGUAUGGGAAUAAUAAUGAUUUGAAACUGGGUGGUAAUAUAGUGCGUAAGAUUU